AUGGGCCCGGUCCCGCUGCCGAGCCCGGGGCAAGCCCCGCCCCCGCUGCCGCGUCGGACCAAGCCCCGCCCCCGCUGCCGAGCCCGGGCCAAGCCCCGCCCCCGCCCCCGCGAUCGGACCAAGCCCCGCCCCACGAUCGGACCAAGCCCCGCCCCGCUGCCGCGUCGGACCAAGCCCGGCCCCGCUGCCGCGUCGGACCAAGCCCGGCCCCGCUGCCGCGUCGGACCAAGCCCCGCCCCCGCUGCCGAGCCCGGGCCAAGCCCCCGCCCCCGCGAUCGGACCAAGCCCCGCCCCGCUGCCGAGCCCGGGCCAAGCCCCCGCCCCCGCGAUCGGACCAAGCCCCGCCCCGCGAUCGGACCAAGCCCGGCCCCGCUGCCGAGCCCGGGCCAAGCCCCGCCCCCGCCCCCGCGAUCGGACCAAGCCCCGCCCCCGCUGCCGAGCCCGGGCCAAGCCCCGCCCCCGCCCCCGCGAUCGGACCAAGCCCGGCCCCGCUGCCGAGCCCGGGCCAAGCCCGGCCCCGCUGCCGCGUCGGACCAAGCCCCGCCCCGCUGCCGAGCCCGGGCCAAGCCCCCGCCCCCGCCCCCGCGAUCGGACCAAGCCCCGCCCCCGCUGCCGAGCCCGGGCCAAGCCCCGCCCCCGCCCCCGCGAUCGGACCAAGCCCGGCCCCGCUGCCGAGCCCGGGCCAAGCCCGGCCCCGCUGCCGCCGGACCAAGCCCCGCCCCGCUGCCGAGCCCGGGCCAAGCCCCCGCCCCCGCCCCCGCGAUCGGACCAAGCCCCGCCCCGCGAUCGGACCAAGCCCGGCCCCGCUGCCGCGUCGGACCAAGCCCCGCCCCGCUGCCGAGCCCGGGCCAAGCCCCCGCCCCCGCUGCCGCGUCGGACCAAGCCCCGCCCCCGCUGCCGAGCCCGGGCCAAGCCCCGCCCCCUCGCCGUGAUCGUGUCAAUCCACGCCCCCUUGCUUGUUCUGAGCCUGUCUGUUUGAAACCUGUCCCACCCCUCACGGCACUUCCCACAAUCGCUUGUCCCACGUGA